UCCUGGGGGCGGCCAGAGCCCGUUAACUGGCCCUGGUCAGACUCGCGUGUCCGGGGCUGCUUUUCCUGGCCGAGAGGAGCUGGCGCUGAUCAUCCGCUUGCUAGCUUCCCGCUCCCUCGUUGGGCCCCGGAGGCCGCCUCCCUCUCCGUAAAGCGAGCCCUUGCUUUUGCACCCCAUUUCAUUGUUUGGAUGAACGCUCUCCCGUAACGUCCUUGAGAAGGUGGGAGGCUCCCCACGGAGGCCCGAGUUUCUCACCACUUCCCCCAGAAACGCUGGAGUCUCCCAAGGCACAGCGGGUGCUUCAUGGCAGAUGCCGGCACAGCUCAGCCCCUGGCAGGGCCUCCCCCGCGGAGCCUGUGACCAGCAGGUUUUCGGCUGAGCUACAGGACUCCGGAGAAGUGAGCAGACACAGAGACUUCGGGCCAAGGUCCGGGAAGGCUUCUUGAAGCAGGUUUCUCCGGGGUCUGGUAAAGCCCCAAGGCCAUCACCAUGGACUUCCAGCAUCGCCCUGGGGGUAAGACGGGGAGUGGAGGCGUGGCCUCCUCCUCAGAGAGCAACCGAGACCGCAGGGAGCGCCUCCGGCAGCUGGCCCUGGAGACCAUUGACAUCAACAAGGACCCUUACUUCAUGAAGAACCACCUGGGCUCCUACGAGUGCAAGCUGUGCCUGACCCUGCACAACAACGAGGGGAGUUACCUGGCGCACACCCAGGGGAAGAAGCAUCAGACCAACUUGGCCCGGCGAGCCGCCAAGGAGGCCAAAGAGGCCCCCGCCCAGCCGGCGCCAGAGAAGGUCAAGGUGGAGGUGAAGAAGUUUGUGAAGAUCGGCCGCCCGGGCUACAAAGUGACCAAGCAGAGGGACACAGAGAUGGGCCAGCAGAGUCUCCUCUUCCAGAUCGACUACCCCGAGAUCGCCGAGGGCGUCAUGCCCCGCCACCGCUUUAUGUCCGCCUACGAGCAGAGGAUCGAGCCUCCGGACCGGCGCUGGCAGUACCUCCUGAUGGCCGCCGAGCCCUACGAGACCAUCGCCUUCAAGGUGCCAAGCAGGGAGAUCGACAAGGCCGAGGGCAAGUUCUGGACUCACUGGAAUCGGGAAACAAAGCAGUUUUUCCUCCAGUUCCACUUCAAGAUGGAGAAGCCUCCAGCCCCGCCAAGCCUCCCCGCUGGGCCCCCCGGGGUGAAGCGCCCCCCGCCCCCGCUGAUGAACGGUCUGCCCCCCCGGCCACCGCUGCCAGAGUCUCUGCCCCCGCCACCGCCAGGAGGCCUGCCCCUUCCGCCCAUGCCGCCCAGCGGGCCUGCACCCUCCGGGCCCCCGGGCCCUCCCCAGCUGCCCCCACCAGCUCCUGGGGUCCACCCCCCAACAUCUGGGGUCCACCCCCCGGCACCAGGAGUCCACCCCCCGGCUCCCGGGGUCCACCCCCCGACACCAGUGGUGCACCCCCCAGCAUCUGGGGUUCACCCCCCUGCUCCGGGCGUCCACCCUCCAGCCCCAGGGGUCCACCCCCCUGCCCCGGGUGUCCACCCUCCCCCCUCUGCCGGGGUCCACCCCCAGGCCCCAGGGGUCCACCCUCCAGCUCCUGCAGUUCACCCCCAAGCUCCGGGGGUGCACCCCGCAGCUCCCGCGGUUCACCCCCAGGCCCCUGGCGUCCACCCCCCAGCUCCUGGGGUCCACCCCCCAGCCCCAGGGAUCCACCCCCAGCCUCCUGGGGUUCACCCCCCACCUCCUGGGGUCCACCCAUCUGCUCCUGGGGUCCAUCCCCCAGCUCCUGGGGUUCACCCCCAGCCUCCUGGAGUUCACCCCUCAAAUCCCGGGGUGCACCCCCCAACUCCCAUGCCUCCGAUGCUGAGGCCCCCGCUGCCCUCCGAGGGCCCUGGGAACAUUCCGCCCCCUCCCCCAGCCAACUAAAAAGCUGCCCCUUCUCCAGGCCAGUUCGCUGUCUUGUCCUGUUUCUCUCCGAGCUAUGUGCUUUUGCGCAGGGUUGUGCCAUGUCCCCGACGGUCAUUAAACGGUCUCCCCUGA